AAAAACAUGGCGGCCAACAUAGAACAAAUCUUUCAGGACUUCAUAUUGAGUAAAAUCAGAGAAAUUGAAGACCAGAAUGAAGACAAAACGUUUCCUCCGGGCUCUCCGGUUUCCUCUGGCCAUCAAAACAGCUGUUGAAGGAGCAGGAGCUGCCAGUGAAAUGGUUAGAGAUGAGAUAGCCACCUCAGACAGAGAGAAGCAGGAAGACGUGAGACGCAGUGGUUCACAGAAGAAACAUAAAAAGCACAAAAAACAUAAAAGUAAGAAGAAGAAAAGGAACCGAGAGAACGAAAAGGAAAGCAGCUCAGAGUCUGGGGCAGAACUGGAAGGAACCAAACAUCAAACAAGAAGAGGAACACCAGCAGAUGUGGAUAUGGAACAAGAUGAGGAUAAGCAGAGCAAGUCCAAGUCCCACAAGCGGCACUCAUCAGGGAAGAGGAAGAAGAAGAAGAGAAAGAGGAAAGGCGAUGACAACUCAUCAGAUUCUGACUCCCCAUACAUGUCAAGACCGAGGGACAGUAAAUGUGGUCGAGCCUCCUCGCCAAGACGACGAGAGGAGCUGCCUGAUAUAAUCCCCAAACAGGACAGCUCCAAUAAAGGAAGAAGAGAUGAGGAGAAUCAUGGGAGGAGGAGCAGAUCCCUCUCACCGUCAAAUUCCCAUUAUCGUUCGCAUUCCCGUUCAGUAAGGAGAAGCUCACGUUCACGGUGUGGACACCACCACCAAAGAUCAAGGAGUCGCUCUUUAUCCAGUUCACAAUGCCACAGGACCCGGUCAAGCUCCUCAGAGAAGAGAGGAGCUGUUGAGGUGUCCGCUAAGGUUCCUUCAAAAAGCCAUGAGCCACCUGUGCUGGCCUCCAGUCCGACGCCAAGAAACAUCAAAACAGAGGAGCUGACAGAGUCACGGCCUACAGAGUUACAUAACCAAGACCAGUGUAAAAUGCCAGCAGAGAAGAAAGCAGAGGAAACAACACAACAAUUAGCUGCAGGUUGUGGCAUAUCCCAAUCUGCACUGAACAAGUCCAUAGUGACUGAACACAAGCAGACUGCUGAGCCCAUCAUUUCUCAACUGAAAGCAUCAGAAAACCUUAACACAGACAGAAAAUCACCAGCAAAGAAGAAGAAGAAGAAAACGUCCAAGUCUCCACAGAGGAGCAAAGAUGGAAAGUCGUCAAAAAAUAAGAAAAGAUCCAGGUCCCCAUGUAGGAGCCACAGGAGGGGAUCCAGAUCUCGCAGCCGUUUAAGGAGGACAAAAUCCAGAUCAAGGUCAGGCGGCCGGACGUCCAGGAGGUCACGCUCACGCUCCAGGUCAGCGUCACGGAGUCGGAGGAGGGCGCCGUACAGUCAGAGGGAUCGCUGGAAACGAGAGCCAAGUCACUCACCCGUACUCAUCCUCCGCAAAGAUAGAUCCCCUACAAGGAAACAUGAUAGCUCGAGCAACAGUCCUCACCGCAUCACUGAACUAGAUAAGGAGCAGCUGUUGGAAAUUGCCAAGGCCAAUGCUGCUGCCAUGUGUGCCAAAGCAGGUAUGCCCAUUCCUGCCAGCCUGAGGUCCACAGUGCUUCCCCUGACUCUGCCCAGUAUGGCUAUGAACGCCGCAGUGGCCAGUAUGACUGCCGCCACCAUGACGGCAGCCUUGUCAAACAUGGGUUCUCUGUCUUCACUGCUAGCGCUACCCUCUAUAACCAACAAACCUCCCCCUGCUGCUGCUGCUGCUGCUGCUCAGCCCAACAUGGCUGCUUUGGAGGAAGUGAAGAGGAAAGUGGCAAAGCAGGCCAACACCAUCAGCAUCAAGGAGUUUACUGAUAAAUGUAAGAUGAUUGUGGACAGUAAAGGAGAGCUGCCAGUGGCUGUUCCUCAUGUGUCAGAUGAAGAGGAUGAUGGGAAACCAUUUGGAGGAUCAGCUCUUCGGGAGCAAAAAGCCAUCAGCUUCAACAUCAAUAACACAGCAGUUCGUCCUACAGUGCGCAGUGAUGCCGGCAUAGCCAAGGAGUUUCCCGUGUCUUCGGGGUCCCAGCAUCGGAAGAAGGAGGGCGAGACAUUGGGUGCCUACGGAGAAUGGGUUCCAGUGGACAAAACAGCAGACAAGACUGCAGGUGCCUCCAGGAAGGCCCAGAGUCACAUUCCCACAACAUCUGCCACCUCGUCUUCAUCAGCCAAAGCUGUGGCAGUGGCAGCAGGGUCACCAGAGGCUGUUGAACAACCAGCACCCGUUAAUGACAGCGUUUUUCCUGACCCAGUGCAGCAGCCAGUAGAUAUCUCUCAGGCUGUAACCGAGAGAAUCAAAGCUCAGAGGCGUUUGGCUGAGAAUCCAUAUGAUGUCAGUGCGAUCUGCAUGCUCAACCGAGCACAAGAGCAGGUGGAUGCGUGGGCCCAGUCCAACACUGUCCCCGGUCUCUUUACUGGUUCUACUGGAGCACAGGUCCUCACCUCAGAGGAGCUGUCCAACAGUGGACCACAAGCAUGGCUGAAGAAGGACCAGUUCCUUAGGGCGGCUCCAGUAUCAGGGGGUGUGGGGGAGUUCCUGAUGAGGAAGAUGGGCUGGAGGACGGGGGAGGGCCUGGGGAGGAACCGUGAGGGUACCGUGGAGCCAAUUAUCAUUGACUUCAAAGUGGACCGCAAAGGACUGGUUGCUGAAGGAGAGAAGCCACAGAAGCAGACGGGAGGACUGGUGGUAACCAAGGAUCUAAUGGGUAAACACCCAGUGUCCGCUCUCAUUGAGCUGUGCAACAAGAGGCGGAUCAUGCAGCCUGAGUUUGUCAUGGUUCACCACAGUGGUCCUGACCAUCGCAAGAAUUUUCUCUUCAAGGUCACAUUGAAUGGUGUGGACUACCAACCACAGACAGCAAGCCCAAACAAGAAACAUGCCAAGGCCAUGGCAGCUACAGUUGCCUUGCAGGCUCUGGGAGAGGUUCCUGCUGAUGGACCAGGACUCUACACUGGCCCUGUCUUCACUGCUGCUUCUACUGGCCCUUUGUUCUCUACAUAGGCAAACACACAUAUAGUGUGGUUUGUGUGGUGCUGAGUCUUACACAUUAUUCCAACAUUUAGAUGAUGCUGUUUUUGUAGAUCUGUUUAUAAUUCAUGAAUCAUUCUCACUGUAGUGUAUUAUUUAUAUUGUAACAGAUGUUUGCACACGUCAGUGAGAAUGAUGAAGGUGAAGCUUCAUGUGGCACAAAGUAUCUUUGAAUCAAAGCUACAAGUGACCAAUUUUAGAACCACAAAGACAUUUUUUUUUGUUUUUUAAGUCACUGUGUUUAUGUCAGGGUGGCAGAUUUGUUCUUUAGAGGUUCUUGGGAUUCAGAAAGAAUCUCUACUCAUCUCAUAAGUGGAUGUUGUGUAUUUAUGUAUUUAUGUACGUAUGAUGACAUUUGUAAAUUAGUAGCAUUUCAGUUUAUGUAUAAUAGCUUACCAGUAGUUUAGUCCUAAUCAAUAGACCAGGCGCAUGUGUCUCUGCAUUUGCAGAGUUUGGUUUGGCUGUGAAUUGAAACAUAUCUGUAAAUGUCUUUUUGGUUAAAAAUAGUUUCUUUUGGUCCUGAUAUUUGUGACCUGGCAUUCUUCAAGAAAAAAACGCUGUUAAACUUUGUGCAACUUACCUUAUAAAAAAAUGUAAACACAAAAUAAAGAUUAUAUUUAAGUAA